GCCCUAGCUUUAGCCAAAUAGGACGGUUAGAGCAAGCAGUUUCGUCAUCUCUCUCUUCUCUGGAGGUUUCACAAGACGACCAUGGAUUCCCAAUCCAACAAUUAGCUCUCAAUACUCUCUCUCUCUUUCUCUGGAGAUAAAAUAACAAGCCCUUGAAAUUUUCUCUCGCUCAGACACUCAUUUACGCUCAAGAUCCGUACAGAAACACCCCGAUUUUCUCACAAUUUACCAAAACCCUAGCUUUGAUUUUAUUUGUUAUCUUCGUUUUUAGCAAUUUUCCUCUCAUUUCGUUAUCAAGUGCAGAAAACCUUUUAAAUUCGCGCUUGGUUUCGCCGAUUUACGGUUACGAUCUAGCGGCCCAGAGAAACCCUAGUUCCGUUCCUUUAAUUGUUCAUUUGUUUUAGAUUUUGGAAUUUUUUUAGGGUUUUAGGGUUUGAAUCGUGGUGAUGAACAGUAACAGAGGGAGGUACCCUCCGGGGAUCGGAGCUGGGAGAGGUGGCGGCAUGAAUGCAAACCCUGCAUUUCAGUCUCGACCACCGCAUCAGCAACAGUAUGUACAGAGGAACCUUUUGCCGAACCAUCAUCAUCAGCAGUACUUUCAGCAACAGCAGCAUCAACAGCAGCAGCAGCAACAACAACAACAGUGGCUCAGGAGAGGUCAGUUGGGUGGGAGUACCAGUGCUGAUUCGGCCGUUGAUGAGGUCGAGAAGACAGUGCAGUCGGAAGCUGUCGACCCGAGUUCGCAUGAUUGGAAGGCGAGGUUAAAUAUUCCAGCACCUGAUACUCGUUUCAGAACAGAGGAUGUAACUGCAACUAAAGGAAACGAGUUUGAGGACUAUUUUCUGAAGCGUGAGCUGCUUAUGGGAAUUUAUGAGAAGGGAUUUGAAAGACCAUCCCCUAUUCAGGAAGAAAGUAUCCCAAUUGCUUUAACUGGUAGUGAUAUUCUUGCUAGAGCUAAAAACGGAACGGGGAAAACAGCUGCAUUUUGCAUCCCUGCUUUGGAGAAAAUUGAUCAAGAUAACAAUGUAAUACAAGUUGUUAUUCUUGUUCCAACUCGCGAGUUGGCUCUUCAAACAUCACAAGUCUGUAAGGAGCUAGGGAAGCAUUUGCAAAUUCAAGUUAUGGUUACAACCGGAGGUACCAGCUUAAAGGAUGAUAUCAUGCGUUUAUAUCAACCAGUUCACUUGCUUGUCGGAACUCCUGGAAGAAUUUUAGAUCUUGCAAAGAAAGGUGUUUGCAUCUUGAAAGAUUGUUCUAUGCUUGUUAUGGAUGAGGCCGAUAAGCUUUUGUCCCCGGAGUUUCAACCUUCAGUAGAGCAGCUGAUCCGCUUCUUACCUUCACAUCGACAAAUUUUGAUGUUUUCAGCUACAUUUCCUGUUACUGUCAAGGACUUCAAGGAUAGAUAUCUGCAAAAACCUUAUGUUAUCAACCUUAUGGAUGAGCUUACUCUAAAGGGUAUUACACAAUUUUAUGCCUUUGUCGAGGAGAGACAGAAAGUCCACUGCCUAAACACUCUUUUCUCUAAGCUUCAAAUAAAUCAGUCAAUCAUAUUCUGUAAUUCUGUGAAUCGGGUAGAGUUGUUGGCAAAGAAAAUUACAGAACUCGGCUAUUCUUGUUUUUAUAUCCAUGCAAAGAUGCUGCAAGACCAUCGUAACAGAGUAUUUCAUGACUUCCGUAAUGGUGCAUGCAGAAAUCUUGUUUGUACUGAUCUAUUUACAAGAGGAAUAGAUAUUCAAGCAGUCAAUGUUGUCAUUAACUUUGAUUUUCCAAAGAACUCAGAGACAUAUCUGCACAGGGUUGGUCGAUCUGGAAGGUUUGGACACCUUGGUUUAGCUGUGAAUUUGAUCACCUAUGAAGACCGCUUCAACUUGUAUAGAAUUGAGCAAGAACUAGGGACCGAGAUAAAGCAAAUUCCUCCCCAUAUUGAUCAGGCAAUUUAUUGCCGGUGAUUGGUGGUUGAAACUUUGCUGUGUCGUCAAUGAUGGGAUGAUGGACCCUUCUCCAUACAAGAAGCUAUAGCUCUGAUGGGAGGAAAUACUUUCUGAUGCAUCGUCCCUUGAAAUGCUUCUGUUUUCGUAGUCCUGAAACUUUAAUUGGACCUUGAGGGAGUUCUUAGGUUGGCCUAUAGGUACCAGAUAGAUGCUGGGUCCAGUGCAGAACUGCCUUUGUUUUUAUUAACAGACUGGUUUGUAAUACUUGCUGUUUUUCGGGUUUAGCCACUGUUGAACUUCUGAAGGAUAGCUUGUGCAAGCAGGGGAAAUAAAACUCUGCUUUCUUUUUUUUUUGUUUAUGUUUUUCCUUUUUAGCCUUGACCAGCUUGUUCCAUGCUCUCAAAUAGUUAAUGUAUUAUCUGACUUUGGUUGAAUUGUCAUUCCCCUCUGCUCGCCCCUUCGAUA